AUGAGCUCGUUGUGGAAUGUCCAGAACAAUCCUUUUCCAAAUCUUACGUGGGCUACCGUCAGUUGGAAUAUGGGUGCGGCGUUAUUCCCCUUACUCUUCGUCCCGCUGACUGAGAAUCUGGGAAGGAUGCCCGGUUACUUUGCGUCUUACAUUAUCUUCAUUAUCUUCCUCUUUCCAUCCGCUUGGGCGCAUAACUUCGCUACUAUGGUUGUCACUCGUUUCAUUGGAGGAGGCGCGUCCUCUGUCAGUAUCAACUUGGUCGGCGGUUCAAUAUCAGAUCUAUACCGGACAGAGAAAGAACGUUCCAUACCGAUGUCGAUUUUCGGGUGGACAUCAGUAGUUGGCAUCGCACUCGGCCCUUUCAUUGGUGGAGCGAUUCAACGUAAUCUCAACUGGCGUUGGAUAUAUUGGAUCCAGAUUAUAUUCAACGCUGGCUGUCUCCCGAUUUUCUGGUUCGUCCUCAAAGAAACACGAGGCGAUGUGAUUCUCGCAAAGAGAGCCAAGAAGUUUCGCAAGGAAGGCAGAAACGCAUAUGCAAAAAGUGAACUCAAUAAGGAUAACGUCUUUGAGAUGCUGAAAGUGUCUUUCAAAAGGCCCACCAAGAUGUUACUGACAGAGUACACUGUCGCUUCGUUCACUCUAUGGGUGUCAUUUGCUUGGGGACUGCUCUUCUUGUUCCAAUCAUCGAUCACACAGACCUUCAGCACAAACUAUGGUUUCAGCGUCUUCCAAACAUCACUCAUCCAGCUUUCUCUCAGUGCUGGGGCUACCAUAGCUACUGCCGUCAACCCUUUGCAAGACCAGCUUUACCUCAGAUCCGCCGGUCGGAAUAAGGAGACGCCUGGAAAGCCUAUCCCCGAAGCUAGACUCUACUUUUCCAUACCAGGCUCCCUGAUAUUCACCGCAGGCUUGUUCGUAUAUGGAUGGACUUCUUACACUUUCGUCCCAUGGAUAGCACCUGCAGUUGGUAUCGCUAUGGUUGGCUUCGGCAUCUACUCUAUCUACCAAGCCGUUGUCAACUACUUCACGGAUGCUUACAGCAAAUACUCAGCCUCGGCAUUGUCUGCAGCAUCUUUUGGACGCAACUUGUUUGGCGCUUUCCUUCCAUUGGCUUCGCCACAGCUAUACUCCAAUCUUGGUUACCAGUGGGCUUCUACUCUACUCGGUCUAGUCGCGUUGGUUUUGAGUCUCGCUCCAGUAUUCCUUCUCAUCAAAGGAAAACAGAUCCGAGCCAAGAGUCCCUUCAUGAGUGAAUCUGCAUAUGACGACGAAGAUGCAGAAGAAAGAAAGCAUGGGUCAGUGGCAGAACCUGUGGGUCGAGCUGGUGGUAACCCUGGUCCUCACGGACAAGCGGUGCCGGCCACGGUCUAG